GUUACCACGCCACCGAUCAGUCGGCCGGUAAAAAGAAGUCACAUACGAAAUUAUCAAUAAUUUCGAUAAUUUCUUUAUCAAUAGUAUUGCACACGUUUUAUUUGUUGUCGUCAUGGAAUACUGGAAAAAAGUCACUUUUCUAUUAUCCCUGUAUAUGUUUCUGUUUGAAAUACGACCUCUUGAAACUUAUUUGACUUCGUAUCUGACCGGACCAAAUGGAAACGUCUCUCUUUCCGAGGUAAUAUCAAUUAUACUAAUAAUAAUAUUAAUUGUGUAUUUAUUUAGCUAUUUUAAAGCCCGGCUAUAAAACUAAUACAUUUAGGUAAAAACCAACAGCUGAUAAAAUAUUUAUAAUAUAUAUAUAUAUAAAAUACGAACCUUCUGAAAACAAGUUGCGAAUAGCAGAUUGUUUUCCAAUCAAGCAACCCUAACUAAAUUAAAACAAAAAUAUAAAAUUAAAAAUUAAAGCAUUUUUCCCGUAAACUUUUCCGUAAACGUUUUUCACGGUUUUGCUAAAUUAUUUAAAAAACUAAACAGAAAAUGAAAAAAAAAGACGAUUUUAACAUUAAAAAUUCCAAAUUCAACAAAAAAGGUCCCUUAUCGAUUUUUGGUUGGAGCAAUUUCUAUUAGAAAUUUACUAAUUUAUACUAAUUUCAUUAAAACAAUAAGACUCACCCGAAGCGUACUUCCGCAUUUUGUAUUAUUUUUAAUUUUGGUUCGGAGCGUGGCGAGAUUUUACUAUAAGAUGUGUUUUUAUUUUUUUUUCUAUCUUUAAACAACUUUUCGAAAAGAAAUCUUGCUCCGAUGUGCAGCCUAUAGUACUUUUUCAGAAAGGACAUUUUGUUUUGUCUAGUUUACGCAUUAAAAAUUCAACUUUUUAUUUUCUAAAGGGUUAUCAAAAUAAUUGGGAAAAACCGAAAAUAAAAUGAUUGGCAUAAAGGCGAAUAUUUACCGCACGCCACGGCAUUACCGUUUAUUCAUUGUUUUUAAUGUUUGCAACUUAUAUUUUCUACCAGAAAUAUUGCUCAAUCGAAAAAAUAACAAGUGAUCAGUUUUGUUCAUUUUUAUAUUUUUUUGAUAUCCAAAGUAGUUCACAUAAUAUUUGGGAAAUACCAAAAACUUAAAAUUGAUUAUUAUUUACGGUAACUUGCAUUCCGGUUUAAUUAUUCUUCUUUUUCCUACCAGAAAUAUGGCUCCAAUAUAAAAACCACAAGAGAUCAUUUGAGAAUUUGGACAGAGUACUCAUAUUUGCUUUUUCUAGACAUGAUAAAAUUUCCAAACCAUUUUUGAGCUAUAGUUGGAUAUUUUAAUUUUGGGAGUUUUUUACGUAAUUUAUCUUUAGAAUGUACUAAAUGUGAAUAAAUGUAUAAUACUAUGUGAAUAAAAUUGUUAAACCAAACAGAAAUGCUUGAAAAUUUGACAGGAUUUUCAAUUUGAGUCAUACUUAGAGGUUAAAUAAAAAAAAUGAGAUUAAUAUAUUUAAUAAUUUUAUGGGUAUUUUAAAAUCAAAUUUUGACGAAAAUCGUAAAUAUUACGGCCUUUUAAAACAUUGAUAAUCAAACUUCACACCGAAUCGUUUUUCAUUAAUAACAGUUUAUCAUCAACCAACGACGGCGGGAUAUUUACGUAUCCCACCUUCCCAAAUACCCACCUACAACAGUGGCCGCACACGUCUCUAGUAUCAGCUCUUUCUUUGAUUUGGGACCGUGAUCGAAAAAGUCAUAAAUAUUAUUUUCGAUCGAAUGGAGAGUUUUGUAUUUUUUUUUUUUUUUUCAUUGUGACAAGUCAUUCUUGAUAGAGUAGGUAGUGAAAGUAAAUAGUUAGUUUUUUAGAUUCUGAGUGUAGCAAAGAAUGUAUUGGUUUUACUGAGAUGUUAAUUUUUUUAUUUUUUUAUUUUUUUUUUUAUUGUGAUAGAAUUCUUACUCAUAUAUAAACACGUGGUAUCAUUUCUGAAAGGAAAUUUUGUCCAAAUGGUACUUUUGGGAGGUCAUAUUUUGACUUUCCAAGCGGUUUUCAUAAUAUCUAUGAAAAACCAGGAUAAAACGUAAGAAAAACCGGAAAUUUACGAAAAUAAUGCUUUUAUUGUUUUUCAAUUUUGUUAAAUAUUGUAAUUCAGGUUUAAAUAUUCAUAGAGACUUGAAAUUUCGACAGAAAAUUCAUAAUUGCCUUUUCUAGACGUGGUAAAAUAUUCAAAAAAUUUAAGCCAUUUUUGAGCUAUUUAUAGACAUUUUAAUUUUGUGAGGUUUGUACGUAAUUUUUAUUCAGUAGGUACUUUGUAGUAAAAUUGUUAGACUUAACAGAAAUGCUUGAAAAUUGAACAGGAAGUUCAUUGAGAGUCUUACUUUGUGGCUAAAAAAAGAACAUUUGAGUUUAACGUAGUGUUUUUUUUAUAAAAGAAUUUUAAUAUCAAACUUUGACGAAAAUCGUUGAGUAAAAAUUUAUGUGGAACAAACCUAAUUUUUCAAUUUUUACGAAUAUGUGUAUAUUGCCGAUUUAAGAACGAUGGUGAAGUCAGAACUGAGCGGGCUGACUAAAUUUCGAAAUUAUAGCUUUUUAAAGUUUUGAUAAUAUGCAAAUAUUAUAUGUUAUAUUAAAUAACUAAAUAGUCUUUUUUUAAAAUAUUUUUGUCGUAGUUGAAUGGUUAUAUAACCCCUUUUUUAUCCUUGGGUACGCGAGUUCGAACCGGUAUUUUGAAAAAAAUGUGUUCGCAUUUCUUUUUCUCUAUUACCAAAACAAAGAAAAAACAAUUGCAUUUUGGAUUUUCCUAGAGACCCAAGCUAUCGUUCGCUCGGACUAUUUUAAUCGAAAAAUACCCCUGGAUUUGUAAUACAAACUUUUCUACCAAAAAUCUUGCUCCGAUGGAUACAAGUGUAGGAAGUGUAGCUUAUUUUCUGAAAGGAAAUUUUAUCUCCAUGAAAACUUGUGGAGGUCAUUUUUUAAUUUUCCCAGAAGUUUUCCCAAUAAAUGGAAAAAUUGUGAAAAACGAAGAAAAAACUGGAAAAUUUAUAAAAUACAUUAGUAAAAUAUUACGAUUUUUUUUUCUGUAGACAAGUUUUUUACCAACAAUUAACUCUGUCAACUCUGACUUAAAAUGAUAGCACUUUUUCUAAAAGGAUAUCUAACUGGAGAGGAACUAUAAUAACGUAAUUUUUCCAUUUUCCUAAGAGUUUUCCCAGCAAAUGUGAAAAACCGGAAAAAAACAUAAGAAAACCAUAAAAAACACAGGAAAAACGGGAAAAUCAGUACAAUAAUAAGCAAAUAUUUUUAAAGAAAAUAUACAAUGCCUAUUUAAUUAUUUUACCAUAAUAUCAUGUAUAUAUUGUUAACAAAGCAUCAUUAUCAACUAACCUUCGCUCAGAAUCGUUUUUUCGUUAGCAAUAGUUUAUCGUUGAUUACAGAUAUACAUUAAAUUACCAAUAACAAUGACUGUAUCCUACCCCAUCAUCCUAGGUCGUCUUUUUUUUUUUACAUUUAUAUAUUUUAAUUUUAAUUCAAAUUUUGAUACAUUUUUAUUUAAACAUUAAUCGGUACCUAUUAGGAAAUAUUAUUUAUUACCAAUUAUUCUUCUGAUGGAAUCUCACAAACAUUUACGUAUACACGUUAUGAUCACAGUUUAUUUUAUUUUCAUCGAGACAAUAAGGAACUGUUGAUAUCAUUCUUGGGUUUUUUUUUUUCAUUUUUCCUGGACUUUAUAUUUACAUAACUAUGGCCCUUAGUUUAAUCUAUAAAUACUUCCCUAUAGAGAACGUAUAGAAACAUAUAUCUACAGAAAAAUAUGGUUAUAAAAUUACAAAUUAUGAAAAAAACCAAAGAUUAAUAAUAUUUUUAUAAAGUACCAUUGAAAUACUAUGAACGCAAAUUUGCAUACUUAUAACAAAGCGGAUUAAAAAAAAGUAUAUAUAUAUAUAUUUAUUUAUUGAUUACACAUCUGAAAAAAAAUAUCCGUCCAUAGGUAUUUUAUAACGUAUGAAAUAGGUUUAUUUUGUAUAUUGAGAUAAUGUUAUAAAAACUAACGCAAUGUUUACUUUUUGUUAUAAGAUUAGAUUUAUUUAUUUUUUACUUGUCUACUUAUAUAUUAUAACUUAGAUGGUUUAUUAUGCAAUACUUAUACUGAUAACGAAUUUUACAUAUCCUUACAAAUUGUUACCGUGACCUUUUAAAAAAAAUAUAAUAAUAUAUCAAUAACGAAAUCUAUUAAAUCGAGCAUCUUUUCAUUAUUGUUAAAAUAAUAUAUUUGCAUCCCUGCAAUACUUAAAAUGCUAAAAAAUGACAAUCUGGAUGGUUGAUCCAAUUUAUACUAGGCAAUUGUCAAAAAAUUAUCAAACUGUUGGUUUUCUUGUCCAUGACAACUCAUUUAUCAUCCAUGUCACCAAGGUAACCUACAAAUCAACGAAUACAAUUUAAUUAAAUACCAAAAAACCUCCCGUCCCGUCCGGCGUUGCCGGGUCAAUUUUUUAAUUUCAUCCGUAUCACCAAGGUAACCCACGAAUAACUAAAAAUACCUAAAACCCCUAUUGUAUACCCUUAGUGGUUAAGUUUUCAACAAUCCUUUAGCGGAUACCUACGUCAUAAUAGCUAUCUGUAUAUCAAAUUUCAGCCUGAUCUGUCCAGUGGUUUGGGGUAGGCGAUGAUAUAUUACAAAUAAAAAUCCCGUGUCACGAUGAUCGUUCGUGGCAAUCUCCGAAACCGAAAGGCCGGGUGCUUCAUUGUGAAAUUUUAAGAUCUCACAAUGUUUGCGAUUUUGCACAGAGUAAUCGAUGUCUGGUGCACAUUCGAACGCAAGACGAAUAAACGAUGCAUGCGUUAAUGCGUUAAACCACCAGUGGUGGUGGUUUACAGUAUUUCUCGUUUCCGUGCUCUGAUUGUGUCUAUGAUGUUCACGUGCAGCUCUCUGAAUGCGUUCUGUCGCAGACGUUCGUCACGAUGUACUCGAGAUUCUUGAAUACGUCUACCUUCCUCUACCCUGAUUCUUUGAUCUUCAUUUAUUUGCGUAGUUUGUUCAUUCGAUCUCUUGCAUUAGGUACGCGUAUUACGUCUUUGCUGGGACAUUAUUAAGAUUACAAUUUCUUCACGGAAUUUUACUAAAAAUAAAAAUUAAUAUGAAAAACGACGUACAAAUAAUUAAAAUAAUAACAAAAGAUAAACUCAUAUAAUAUACAUUAUACAAUGUACUCGAUUAUUAUACAUAGAUAUAAUACAUACAUAGAACUUAUAAAUAACCCUUUGUUCUCUAGAAAUAAUCCUUUAAUUUGCAAUAAAAAUAUAUUUUGGGUCACCUAUCGGGAUGAAAACUAUCCUAUUUCUCAAAAUGGACCGAACAAUACAAAUUUACAAAAUUUCAUAAAAAUCAGUUAACGGUUUCAGAGAUUACCGCGAACGAACAUCGUACCGCGGAAUUUGUAUACAUAAAGAUUACUUAUUAAAUCUAUAACCUAAGAGAAUAAUUAGUAGCGGUUAUUUUCUGCCUAUAUCUCACACACGUGUAUCAUAGGAAUUUAUACAUAUUCUGAUUCUAACGGAUUCUAAGAGAUUGGUCAAGUGAAGCGAUAAGAAUUCUGAAAACAGAUUUGAAUUUGUCAUCGAGUCUACUUGAAAUUAACUUUCCCGCAUUUUUGAUUUUAACUCCCUAAAUCCUAAAAAGGAGUAAUUAGAAAAAAUGGAAUAUUUUAAUUUAAGGAAAAAUUAAAAUCAAAAAAGUUGCACGUGUGUAAGACAAAAACAGAAAACCACGGUUUCCAAUCCUAUUUAACCGUAAACGGUUGACAAAUUUACUCUUCAAUUAUUUUACUUAUACAAAACUUAUACAGUGUGUUUUAACCAUAUUAUUAGGUAGCCAAUACAAUGACGUCGAUAAGGUCGUACACGGCUCUGAUGGCGGCGGUAAUAAUGUUUUGCAUUUCCGAAUACUUUUUCAAGUCAGCUAUCAUAGUGUUUACGAUUUUCUCGUUCAUUACUUAUGUCCUCUUAACGGGUACUCCGAGUUUGACGCAAUUACGAGUAAGUACAAUUUGCAAUAUACCCUAUCCAUGCACAGUACGCCAGAACAUGACAAAAGUUGUUCAAAAAAUCAAAGCCUCAAAAUCAAAACUAACAAAUAAUCAUUGGUUGUAAUUGAUUGCUGCAUUUUAUCCAAUUAUCUACUUAUUAUAGGUUAUAAAAUAUCCAUCACGUUAUCAUUAUAAUCAUAUACCUAUAUUGAUUUAUUACCAAAGUGUAUGAUUUUAUUAAAGUCUACACUUUGCUGCCUGUCAGGUUGACUGUUGAGAAUUUAAUUUAAACUGUAUAAGUUGUUUUAUUUUGUUCUUUUCUUUACGGAUUCAUUGAAAAUUGACCGGAAAGUUUUAUUAUUUAAAAUAAAAUAAUAAAUUAUUGACAAACUUUUAUUUUACAACUGGCUACUCACAUUUAAAUUAUUGCAUUUUAUACCAAUGUACUUUAUUUCAUUAAGUUUGUAUUUUUAUUUCAUACAGUUCUUGUCUAAUUGAUUUUAUUUUUUUAAACUUCAUAAUUUGAAAACAAUAAAAAUUAUUUAUCCAUAGUUUCCACCGUGGUGCAAAAAGUUACUAAGUACUUAUAAACACAAUUUCAUCCAUAAAAUACAGUAUAUUUGCAUUUCCAAGUAACACCAAAUAUUUCAGCUCGAUGACCUUAGAUUUCAAUUCUGUUUUCGGGACAUAUAGGGUACUGGGAUACACUCUUAAGGAUAAGUUUCAUAUAUCUAAACCUUUCGGUACUCGCAUGCACAAUAUAAUUUACUUUUUUUGAAUAGCAAUGCCUUUUUUUAAUACUAAAUCCAAUAGUCACAUUUUUUUCAAACAACUUUGAUAAAACCAUUUUUUUUUUAGUCUUAAAAAUUACCUGAGAUACAACCAUCAAAAAUUAGUUUAAAAAUGUUAUCGAUUUUUUAACAAUUUAAAAUGCAUUACUUUAAAAAUGACGAAAUUUGACAACUGUUUUAUGGGGAAAAUGAUUUGUAUAGAUAAUCAUAUAAUAGCACAUGCACGUAUGUUUUAAGUAAAAAAGUUGAUAAGAAAUCAUCUUUCAACCAACUUUAGACAGCUGAAUCUCAUGUAAUUUGUAAAAUAAAAAAAUUUAUUAACUAAAGUCACCGUCACGUUUUACGGAGACGGAGACGAUGUAGGUACUAAUGAACACUGUGAUACACAUAUACCCAGUAACGACUUAGUUAACUAUGCUGGUGUAGUGGUGUAUUAUAAUUUAUAAUUUUAAAGGGCCUAUACGAGAUCAUUCAGGUUUAUCAAUUUUUCGGCGAUUGUUCAAUCUAGUGCGCAAAAUCAAACACGCUAAAAUUAAUCAGCCAUGAAAAAAUGAUUGACAUUCAUCAUUGCAAAACGGCAAUUUUGAAUGAUCGUGUAUAGGCAUCUCUAUAUUCGUUUUUACUCUAAUAGGUGUCUAUGGUUGGAAUAGGAGCGACGUCCCAUACCUUUGUAUUGGGUUAUAGUUACUUGUUUUCCCAAAUUGAUGACACUAAACUGUACCAAAGCGCCACCAGCAUCAUCUCGUUCAGCUUGUUGUUCGGCAUUUUCGUCGGAUCCAUCUUAGCGCAAAUUAUUACUAGCACGAGCCAAGGGGUUUAUUCGGCUCUACCGUACUGUAACGCGUUCGGUAAGUUUUAAUUAACUAAUAGGUACCUAUCGUUCGGUAAGUAUUUAAUUUAGUUAAUUAUUUUAAGUUUUCUCUCGUCCAAGGGCGUAUUGUGGCCUUCGGAGGACCAGUGCUAUAAAAAAUAAUUUUGUUUUUUUGUUUUCAGCAAUGUUCUUAGCUUUAAUCUGUGCUUGUCUCUUCCCGGUGAAAAUGCAUCAUUAUUACCUAACGGAUAACUUCCUAAAUGAAAAUUCCAAACUUCUCAGAAAUGGCUUAAAAACUAUAAAAGAAUUCGAUGGGGAAACAAUCGUAUGUUCAAUCAAAAAAAGAUAUCAGAUUAGUAUUGUGUAUUAGUUAUGCAUUACAUGUUUUUAUUUUUAUAGAUUAUAGACAGAUUUAAAAAGAAAAACACAGUGGAAAUCGUAUUGGAUAAACUAUUUUUGGACUUUAAGACUUCGUUCGCAAAUACAACUGUGAUUAAACGGUCUCUUUGGUACAUGGUUAGUAUGGGGACACACUUUCAGGUACGAACUUACAUUUCACAAAUUAUUAUUCCAUGAGGAGAUAUAUUUAUAUUAAAUUAUUUGUGUGGUGGCUUUAAAAUGUAAACUAAACAUAUGCUUGAAAAUAUAUAUAUUUGCAUGGUUCAAUAAUAAGACAAUAUUAUGAUAGGUAUAAUGUUUUAAUAUGUCUUAUAUCUCAACGUUUUGAGUGAUAUUCAUCAAAAACCUAUCAUAAUAAAUACCCAAAAUAUUCAUAAAAAUACCGUUCUGAAAACAUUAAUGUAGGUAUAUCUAUGGUAAUUAUUGCUACACGAAAUAAUAAAAAUAUUAUUAAUAUACCUAUAAGACGAAAUUAUAUUAAUUUUUUGAUGACUCCUAGUAUGAGUAAUUUGUCAUUUAUUAAUAUAAGUACUCGUAUUGGUAGGUAUUAUAAUAUUUUCAAAAAUAAUUGAAUCGAUGAUUAAAGGAAACCAAUUUUAAAAACUUAUGAUAUUUGAUAAAAACUGUAUAUCUGUAUAAAUAAUUUUGAAAAUAAAUUUAAUUUAAAAAUAAUUUCUUACUCAAACUUCAAUACUAAUUAUUCUUAAUUUCUGUGUAAAAAUAAUUUGGAAUGCGCUUAUUAUUGACUUUCAAAGUUUGAAAAAAAGAUUUUUAAAAUGUGUUAUUCGUGAUAUUUCUGCAAUCAUCGAUCCAAUUAUAGUUUUAGGCAAACAUAUUAUUAAAAUUCAAUUGAAAGCUGGAUAUCGAUAAAUAAAUAUUUCGUUAUAAUAAGUUAUAAACCAUUAGUUUAGGUAACAUAAAUGGACAAUAUGUCAAUAUGAUAAGAAAUUGUUAAAUUAUAGAAUCGUUAUAUAAAGUUAUAACAUCAUGGAUACAAUUGAUAUGGUUUGUUGACACUUCAUUCCUUUAUUUCCAAGCAAGUAUGAAAUAUCAUUUAAAAAAUCAUUGUCAUACGAGAAUAUACAUUUACAUUUUCGUAUAUAACAACCAUUAUAAAUGUGCAGCAUUGUGGUUGAACAACUGUUAUAGGAGAGAAGUUGGGAAGGUAGUAGAGGGGAAAUUGAAUGUGUAUCUGUAAGGAACGAUACAUCAUUAUUAAUGAAAAAACGAUUCUGAGUGGAGUUCAGUUAAUAGUGUGACUUUGUCAACAAUUUAUACGUCAUAGUAUAACAAAAUAAUUACAAAGGCAUUAUAAUAUAUUUUCUUUAAUAAUAUUUGUUUAAUACUGUACCUAUUUUUCCGUUUUUCUUACGUUUUUCCCGAUUUUCUUAUGUUUUUUCUCAUUUAUUGGGAAAACUUCUGGGAAAAUUAAAACAUGACCUCCCUAAAGUACCUCUCCAGUCCAAUUUUUUUUCAGAAAAAGUGCUUCACUUGUAAAUCGGAGCAAGAUUUCUGGUAGAAAAGUUAUCCACAGAAAAAAAAACAUCACUGUAAAACCAAUACAUUCAUCGCUCCACUCAGAAUCUAAAAUUAAACAAAAUAAUAAUGAGCUUCAAAUACACGAAAUACCAAUCAAAUAUCUAAUCAAUUUUUAAUUUAAAAUAUGUUUAUUUUGUCAUAGGGGCGCGAUUUGUAAAUUUUGUUCACAAUGCUAUGUUUUUUAGGAAAUAUUCUGCACAAUUACCCACUAGAAUUUAUCACAGCAAUUUAUUUGAAUUUUCGAUGUUACAGAUUAUAAAUAACAUGAAUGUGUUGUAUUCGUAUAUUAUCAGUAGGCCAGGUAAUAACGAUGUCUUAAUGAAUGGAGAUGCCGACGCGUUGAUCAACUUGUGCGGUUAGUACGUUCAAGUAAAUAUAUUCAAAAGAAAAUCAUAUGCUUAUACAUAACAAUAUUACAUUACAAAAGUUAAUGCGUAUUGUAAUUAGAUAUAUCAUAAAAAUAUUUCCAAAUAGUGCUCAAGAAAAUAUAAUUGUCUUUUUUUAUGCACCGUUUUUCUAUAGUUUCUUUAGGUACUUUUUAAAAUAAUAGACUUAGAAAAUUCACUCAUAGUGAAUCCUAAUAUAGCUAUUAACCAGUGAUAGAGAAUAGAAUUUACUCUGUGUUUCAUGAAUGUGAAUUGAAUAUGAUGAUAAUAUGUUUAGAAUUAUGAUACUAAAAUUAUUCUCAUAGUACUUAUACUCCGUGGUCACAAAAGUGGCUUUUUAGUUUUUACUACCUACUUCGAUUUGAAAAUUUAAUACCAUAUGGUUUAUUUUAGCUUCGUAUCGGAACACGAAAUUAACUGUUUACGAAUUAACAUGUUUACAGGAGCGUUAGGUGCGUACCUAAUCGGAAGAAUGAAAUUAGAUUGGACUUAUCAUGGUGAUACGUUUAUAGCGUUCUGCACCACUAUUACGGGCGUCCUCAUGGCGUCUUGUUACUUCUACAAUCAUUUGAUCUCCAUUUAUUUAACAUAUGUAAUGUAUAGUCUGGUUUGUCAAAUGGCAUUUACCAUAAACUUGUAAGUACUAUAUGAAAUAAGUAUUCACCAUUUUUAAAACGAUCAAACCAAAACAUAUUUCUACAUUUUCAUAUUCGGCUAAAUAGCUUUUAUGUACAUUUACAUGAAUAUAAAUGUGAUGGAUUUUGACUGGACAAUUAAUUUUAAAUUUAUUGUGUAUUUUCAAUGGAUAUUUUAUUAUUAUUAUCACAUUAUAGAUUUCAUAAUAUAAUACCUUUCGAUUAUGUAUUUCGAAUUCGUUAACAGAAACAAAAAUAAAAAGCACUUCGCGCUUUUCACGUAUUAAUGGCGCCUUUCUCAAACGUUCAUUUAUGUAUGUUGCAUAAUAAUAUAAUUUUUCUUUCGUCCUUUUUCCAUUGAUUGCAUAAUAAUUUCCAAUAACGUCCCAUACUUAAAUGUAAGUAUAUUGUCAUACUAUACACUCUUAUUAAAUUUAAAUGUUAUCAAUAUUACCAUGACACAUACGAGCAAAAAUAUUUUUACUAUAACUUUCAUUAUUAUUGAUUACCUUUUAAUUCGUUUUAUAAACAUGAUUGUUAACAAAAAUUGUAUUUGUUUUAUUUUAUAAUUUAUGGUCAUAUACGUAUGGGAUGGAAAUUAUUUUUCACAAUAUUCGGGAAAAUAGAAAUUCUGACCAUGAAUUAUUCAUAAUAGAGUAUAAUAUAUAAUAUUGUAUAGGAACAAAAGUUGUGUGUGGCGUUUUUCGAUUUGUUGACAUUUUUUUCCGAGAGGUCACAUGGGAUGAAAGGAGAUAAAACGAAGAAAAAACCGGAAAAUCUAACUAUAGUUUAUUGAACUGUCAUUAAAAUAUCAGUGUACACUAAAUUUCAAAUUGAUCGAACCAAUUUUAGUGUAUCGAUAAUGAUGAAUUUUAAAAAUUUAAUUUUAGUAGUUUAUUAGAUAUAAAUAUUAUAUUUAUAGACUCAAAAAUAAUAGCUGCAGGAUUUUAAUCAUGAAUUUAAAAUACAUCUUAUUUUGUAAUCGAAACUAUAUUCGAUGACUGUUUAAGAAUUAUUUUUUGAUUACAGAUCAGAAAUUGCGAAACAUCUGAAAAACAAUUGUUUUUCUAUUGUCUUGGGAUUUAAUUUAAUUGGAGCUUUAUUGGUGUCUUCUUCCCUUAUGUUAUUUUUUGUUCAGAUUAAUUUCUUAGACAUCACUAUUCCUGGACGGGUAAGUUAAAAAUAUACAAUAAAAUAAUUAUUAUAUUUUACAACGUUAUAGAUUAACGUAGCACUUUUAUACGUAUUUAUUUCAGUUUUUGUUCAUUGGCGGUAUGAACAUCUCGCUGGGAGUCGUAUUUUGGUUCCUGAGUUAUUCUAGUAUCCACCAACGAAACACAUUAUAACAAAGAAUAUUAUAAUCUCAGACCCGAGUAAAUAUUUCGGUUAUUAUAUUUUUGACGAAAAAACUAGGAGUUAUUAUAUGAACUACUCGUAAUUCAUAUUUUGUAAGCAUAUAUAUGUAUAUGUCAAUUAAUUAUCUUACCUUUAAUAUUACCUACUAUAUUAUUUAUAUUUUAAUUUUUUACAUUAUUAUACAAAUUUUAGUUAGAAAAAGAAAUUUGAUUUUAUUGUUUUAUUGUGAA